UCUACUUCGCCAGGGAUGCUUACUGGGAGAAACUCUACGUGGACCAGCCAGCUGGCAUGCCCCUGCUCUACGUCCAUGCCCUGCGGGACAUGCCGGAGGAGGUGCCCACCUUCCGCCUGGGCCAGCACCUCUACGGCAUCGCCUACCGUGCAAGGCUGCAUGAGAACGACUGGAUUCGCAUCGAGGAGGACACUGGCCUUCUCUACCUUAACCGGAGCCUGGAUCACAGCACCUGGGACAAGCUCAGCAUCCGCAAUGGCGGCUUCCCUGUGCUCACCAUCUACCUCCAGGUCUUCCUGUCACCUACAUCCCUGCGUGAGGGCGAGUGCCAAUGGCCCGGCUGUGCCCGUGUGUACUUCUCCUUUGUCAACACCUCCUUCCCGGCUUGUGGUUCCCUCAAACCCCGGGAGCUCUGCUUUCCUGAGACAGGUGUCUCCUUCCGCAUCAGAGAGAAUAGGCCUCCUGGCACUUUCCACCAGUUCCGCCUGCUGCCUGUGCAGUUCCUCUGCCCCAACAUCAGCGUGGCCUACAGGCUCCUAGAAGGUGAGAACCUGCCCUUCCACUGCGCCCCGGACAGCCUGGAGGUGAGCACGCGCUGGCCCCUGGAUCGCGAGCUGCGGGAGAAGUACGAGCUGGUGGCUGCUUGCACGGUGCGCGUCGGCGCACGCAAGGAGGAGGUGGUGAUGGUGCCCUUCCCCGUGACCGUGUAUGAUGAGGACGACUCGGCGCCCACCUUCCUCGGGGGCAUCGACACCGCCAGCGCUGUGGUGGAGUUCAAGAGGAAGGAGGGCACUGUGGUGGCCAAAAUACGUGUCUUCGAUGCAGACGUGGUGCCAGCAUCCGGGGAGCUCCUGAAGCGAUACACAAACACACUACUCUCUGGGGAUGCCUGGGUCCUCCAGACAUUCCGUAUCGAGCACUCCCCCAACGAGACCUUGGCCCAGGCCAACGGCAGCUUUGUGCGGGCAACUGUGCAUGACUACAGGCUGGUUCUCAACCGGAGCCUCCCCAUCUCGGAGAACCGCUCCCUGCAGCUGACCGUGCUGGUCAAUGACUCGGACUUCCAGGGCCCCGGGGAGGGCACCCUCUUCCUCCACUUCAACGUGUCCGUGCUGCCUGUCAGCUUGCACUUGCCCAGCACCUACACCUUCACUGUGAGCAGGCGGGCCCGCCGCUUUGCCCAGAUUGGGAAAGUCUGUGUGGAAAACUGCCAGGAGUUCAGUGGCAUCCACGUGCAGUACAGGCUGCAGCUCUCCAGCACCAACUGCAGUGUCCUGGGGGUGGUCACCUCAGCCGAGGACACCACAGGGAACCUUUUCGUGAACGACACAGAAGCCCUGCAGCGGCCCGAUUGCUCUCAACUCCGGUACACGGUAGUGGCUGCCGACCGGCCAACCCGCAAGCAGACCCAGGCCCUGCUGGUUGUCACCGUGGAGGGGACAUAUGUGGCUGAGGAGCCAGGCUGCCCCCUGUCCUGUGCAGUCAGCAAGAGACGCCCUGAAUGUGAGGAGUGCGGUGGCCUGGGCUCUCUGACGGGCAGGUGCGAGUGGAGACAGGGAGAUGGCAAAGGAAUCACCAGGAACUUCUCCACCUGCUCCCCCAGCAUCAAGACCUGCCCCGACGGCCACUGUGAUGCCGUGGAGAGCAGAAAUGUCAACAUCUGCCCCCAGGACUGCCUCCGGGGCGGCAGCAUCAUUGGUGGGCAUGAGCCAGGGGAGCGCUGGGGGAUUAAAGCUGGCUUCGGUAUCUGCAACUGUUUCCCAGAGGAGAAGAAGUGCUUCUGCGAACCUGAAGACAGCCAGGAGCCGCUGUGUGACGAGCUCUGCCGCACGGUGAUCGCAGCCGCUGUGCUCUUCUCCUUCGUCGUCUCCAUGCUGCUCUCCACCUUCUGCAUCCACCGCUACCACAAGAACGCCCACAAGCCACCCAUUGCCUCUGCUGAGAUGACCUUCCGCCGGCCUGCCCAGGCCUUCCCGGUCAGCUACUCCUCGUCCGGCGCCCGCCGGCCCUCUAUGGACUCCAUGGAGAACCAGGUCUCUGUGGACGCCUUCAAGAUCCCGGAGGAUCCAAAGUGGGAAUUCCCUCGAAAGAACUUGGUUCUUGGGAAAACCCUGGGAGAAGGCGAAUUUGGAAAAGUGGUUAAGGCGACAGCCUUCCGGCUGAAAGGCAAAGCAGGGUACACAACCGUGGCCGUGAAGAUGCUGAAAGAGAACGCUUCCCCAAGUGAGCUGCGGGACCUGCUGUCAGAGUUCAACCUCCUGAAGCAGGUCAACCACCCACAUGUCAUCAAGCUGUACGGGGCCUGCAGCCAGGACGGCCCGCUCUUCCUCAUUGUGGAGUAUGCCAAGUACGGUUCCCUGCGGGGCUUCCUCCGAGAGAGCCGCAAGGCGGGGCCCGGCUACGUGGGCAGCGGAGGCAGUCGCAGCUCCAGCUACCUGGACAACCCCGAGGAACGGGCCCUGACCAUGGGCGACCUCAUCUCCUUCGCCUGGCAGAUCUCUCGGGGGAUGCGGUACCUGGCUGAGAUGAAGCUUGUCCAUCGGGACUUGGCAGCCAGAAAUGUCCUGGUAGCUGAGGGGCGGAAGAUGAAGAUUUCAGAUUUUGGCCUGUCCCGAGACGUUUAUGAAGAGGAUUCCUAUGUGAAGAGGAGCAAGGGUCGGAUUCCAGUCAAAUGGAUGGCAAUUGAGUCUCUUUUUGAUCAUAUCUACACCACCCAAAGUGAUGUGUGGUCCUUUGGUGUCCUGCUGUGGGAGAUUGUGACUCUGGGGGGCAACCCCUACCCUGGGAUCCCUCCGGAGCGGCUUUUCAACCUCCUGAAGACAGGCUACCGGAUGGAGAGGCCUGACAACUGCAGUGAGGAGAUGUACGGUCUCAUGCUGCAGUGUUGGAAGCAGGAACCAGACAAGAGGCCAGUGUUUGCUGACAUCAGCAAAGACCUGGAAAAGAUGAUGGUUAAGAACAGAGACUACUUGGACCUGGCUGCCUCCACCCCAUCCGACUCCCUGCUUUAUGACGACGGCCUCUCGGAGGAGGAGACGCCCCUGGUGGACUGUAAUAAUGCUCCCCUCCCUCGAGCCCUCCCCUCCACGUGGAUUGAAAACAAACUCUAUGGCAUGUCAGACCCGAACUGGCCUGAAGAGAGUCCUGUACCACUCACGAGAGCUGAUGGCACUAACACUGUGUGUCCAAGAUAUGCAAAUGAUAGUGUAUAUGCUAACUGGAUGGUUUCACCCUCAGCGGCACAAUUAAUGGACGCAUUUGAUAGUUAACAUUUCUUUGUGAAAGGUAAUGGACUCACAAGGGGAAGAAACAUGCCGAGAACAGAAAGUCUGCCGGCCCCUCCUUUGUGCACUUCACACUGGCUGGUGAUUUUCCCUCCUGGCAGACGUAGCGUGCUGGACCAGAGUUCUGAGUCCAGCCUUUAGGUAUUCCUUCCUCUCCAGCCCUUGGCAGUGCUCUGUGUUGGUCUGUGUUCAUCAGUGACCACCACACCCUGUGCUCAGACGUGUGGGUCCCUCACUCACUACCUGAGCGGUUUGAUUUUUCUUGUUGCCAGCAAACAAGGCAACACGAUUUAAACAUGAAGCACACACACCAAAAAAGGCAGCAGGAAAAAAAAAAAAAAAAAACUGGCCCAAAUGACACAUCCUUGUUCAGAACAAGAAGCCCAGCAAGGCCCUAUCGUGGUAUCGAACCCUUGGCCAGGGCUGGAGGGGACAAGGGGACCUUGGGACAGGCCUCAGCUCAGCAUUUGAGAUCCUGGGAGCGGUUUGUUUUUUGGUUUUUGUUUUUAAAUCGUGUAACCUUUUCUUAGGAAGACAUUUGAUUUUUAUCAUGAGUUAAAUGGAUUCUUCAAUUUAGCACAAUAGAUUUGAUGCCAUAUUUGCUAUGUAGAUAGGCAGUGUGAGAGGACAGGGCUCACUGGACACUUCACUGUUGUUCCCAUCACUGAGUGAUCACUACCUUCUGGCAAGAACAGAAUGAAGAAGAGGGGCGUCUGAGUGGAGUGGCCUCCCGUCCCGGGAUUGCUAACAGCCGAGACUCGGCUGCCAUGAAUCCCACCCCUGCCAGCCCCCAGGGUGCCGCAUCCGUCCAGUGCCAGAAAGCGGUGCCUCAUCUUGCACAUUAGGAGUGGGUGGGGUUAGUGAGCAGUUUAAAAGGGACAGUUCAGCUAGUUCUGUUAGAAGUAACGUUGACAGUGACCGAGGAUUGCUACCCUUCUGAUCACAGUUCUGAUGUGGAAAAGACAAUGUUUUGGCUCUCAUAGAGCUUGUGUGAAAAGGUUUUGAUUGCUGUGUCAAGCGAGGAGAUAUUUUUUGCAGAGGUUUCUGGGAUGUGCUAAAUCACAGGACCUGGCCAAGCAACAUCUCUCAGCGGGAGCCCGGGCCCAGAGUCGCGACAGGGAAGCCAUCUGCAGGAACGUGUGGCUGCAGGAACAUCAGUGUCACGGGGAACUGGGCCAGGCAGCGCCGAAGGAGUCACGACCCGAGACCACCACAGCCACUGUGACCCCAGGAGGUACCAUAAUCCUGCAUCCUUUCAGAGGAUACUGAGCAAUUCAAGUUCAAAGUUAGCAUGAGCAGGCAAG